GCAUUAGUCAGCCAAUCAUCGCGUCAUGUAAUGCGACGUAAUCGUCAAGUGCGAGAUUGCCUUGAGGGAUUGGCAUACAGGAAAGAUUUAAGAUUAAAUCUUCAUAAAAUUGUGGCUGAAGCAAAGAACGUGGACAGAAAAAAAGUCAACGAGUGGCUUUUCGUGACAAAGAAGAGGAUCGAAUUGUUGAGGCCUAGAUUUGCGAUCUGCGAAAGUAAGGUUUCAGCAUCGGACGUCCAGCUGUUAUGGACAUGGUGAUCACGAAUUUGCAACAGCAGCGUCUUGUGACGGAGCAGCUGCGCCGCGAAGCCGCUCUGAAACGGAUCACGGUGAGCAAGGCUGUCGAAGACAUUAUGAAGUACAUCACAGAGCAUGAGCAAGAGGAUUGCUUGCUGCUGGGCUUUUCAUCGCAAAAGUCUAAUCCCUUUCGUGAGAAAAGCACCUGUAUCCUACUUUAAACCUGCGUGCUUGAAACGAGAACAUGAGUGAGAGAAUCACAUUUGUCUCCCUCUAAUUGCUUGGUUUAAUGUAACGGUAAAUAUAUUCAUGAUUGUAUAAGGUUUAAGCAAUUUUUAAAUUAUUCUAUAUGUCUAAAAUUGUUAGAGAAGCGUGAAAUCAAUUUUUGGCCUUAAUAGUUGAUUAAGAGGAUACAUUUUACAUAAAAUUUU